AUGCCUCUCACUAUCACAGGAACCAGUAACCGGGUGUGGAGAGGCUGCAGUGUGGAGAAGCUGCAGUGUGGAGGGGCUGCAGUGUGGAGGGGCUGCAGUGUGGAGAGGCUGCAGUGUGGAGAGGCUGCAGUGUGGAGGGGCUGCAGUGUGGAGAGGCUGCAGUGUGGAGAGGCUGCAGUGUGGAGGGGCUGCAGUGUGGAGGGGCUGCAGUGUGGAGAGGCUGCAGUGUGGAGAGGCUGCAGUGUGGAGAGGCUGCAGUGUGGAGAGGCUGCAGUGUGGAGAGGCUGCAGUGUGGAGGGGCUGCAGUGUGGAGAGGCUGCAGUGUGGAGAGGCUGCAGUGUGGAGAGGCUGCAGUGUGGAGAGGUUGCAGUGUGGAGAGGCUGCAGUGUGGAGGGGCUGCAGUGUGGAGAGGCUGCAGUGUGGAGGGGCUGCAGUGUGGAGAGGCUGCAGUGUGGAGAGGCUGCAGUGUGGAGAGGCUGCAGUGUGGAGAGGCUGCAGUGUGGAGAGGCUGCAGUGUGGAGGGGCUGCAGUGUGGAGAGGCUGCAGUGUGGAGAGGCUGCAGUGUGGAGAGGCUGCAGUGUGGAGAGGCUGCAGUGUGGAGAGGCUGCAGUGUGGAGAGGCUGCAGUGUGGAGGGGCUGCGGUGUGGAGAGGCUGUGGUGUGGAGAGGUUGCAGUGUGGAGAGGCUGCAGUGUGGAGAGGCUGCAGUGUGGAGAGGCUGCAGUGUGGAGAGGCUGCAGUGUGGAGAGGCUGCAGUGUGGAGAGGCUGCAGUGUGGAGAGGCUGCAGUGUGGAGAGGCUGCAGUGUGGAGAGGCUGCAGUGUGGAGGGGCUGCAGUGUGGAGAGGCUGCAGUGUGGAGAGGCUGCAGUGUGGAGAGGCUGCAGUGUGGAGAGGGUGCAGUGUGGAGGGGCUGCAGUGUGGAGAGGCUGCAGUGCUGA